UGACCUCAGCGGUGGGCUGGAUUGGAGGGUGUGAUUUCCAGGCUUUCACACAGAUCCGCCCGCCUGCCUGCCUGCCUGUCUGAGGAUCUAUGCGGCUCCGAUAGCUGGUUGUACCUUCUCCUCUUUUUUUUUUAAAGCUCCAUCUAUUUGCACGCUGGAUCGCCCUGCUCCUUUUUUUUUCUACAUGCGCCUCCACACGGACUAAAUAAUUGAGGAAUGUGGAAAUUACAGAAUGCCCAACAGCGCUGGAAAGAGAUUUAAACCCACCAAAUACAUCCCAGUGUCCACCGCUGCCACACUCCUGGUGGGAUCGACCACUUUGUUUUUCGUUUUCACGUGUCCCUGGUUAACGAAGGUCAUCUCUCCCGCUGUGCCUCUCUACAAUGGCCUGGUCUUCCUCUUCGUCUUGGCCAACUUCAGCAUGGCGACCUUCAUGGACCCCGGCGUCUACCCCAGAGCCGAUGAGGACGAGGACAAGGACGAUGAUUUCCGGGCGCCGCUCUACAAGAACGUGGAGAUCAAGGGCAUCCAGGUCCGGAUGAAGUGGUGCGCCACCUGCCACUUCUACCGGCCGCCGCGCUGCUCGCACUGCAGCGUCUGUGACAACUGUGUGGAGGACUUCGACCAUCACUGUCCCUGGGUCAACAACUGCAUCGGCCGGAGGAACUACCGCUACUUCUUCCUGUUCCUGCUGUCGCUCAGCGUUCACAUGAUGGGGGUCUUCUCCUUCGGCCUCAUCUUCGUCCUGCACCACCGGGAGAGGCUGGCGGCGCUGCACACCACCGUCACCCUGGUGGUGAUGUGCAUUGCGGGGCUGUUCUUUAUUCCAGUCAUGGGUCUCACAGGUUUUCACAUGGUGCUUGUAGCUCGAGGGCGAACAACCAACGAGCAGGUGACGGGCAAGUUUCGUGGAGGAGUAAAUCCUUUCACCAAGGGUUGCUGUGGCAACGUGGAGUACGUCUUAUGCAGUCCCCUGGCUCCCAGGUACAUGCUGGACCCCAGGAAAAAGCCUCAAGUGAAAAUUCAGCCCCCGUUCAUCAGACCGGAUCUCUCAGACAGGCAGAUCACCAUCAAGAUCAGCGACAACGGCAUCCACGGCACCAUCAUCAGCUCCAAGUCCAAGAGCAGCCUGGACGGCCUGGACGAUAAAGACAUCCAGCCGCCUCUGCCACCCAAAGCCGACAGGUACAACCAGCUGAAAAGCCAGCUGACCUCCAGUGAAGAGAGUUCUCUUUCUGGUAAGAACCAUCCUUCUACUCCGGCCAUGUACAAAUUCAGGCCGUCCUUCGGCACCAUGCCUAAAGUCCACUACCACACGGCGGGAGACAAGAUCGUCAUGCAAGACGACCGGAAGAAUUCAGCCAUCCUGGAAGAAGGCGUCCGCGGCCACGACUACCGAUCCGAGCCGAACCUGGACAUGCCCGAGUACACCAACGCCCCGCUGCACCGCAGCUUCCAGUCGUCUCCUCUCCAGCUCGACGCCGACCCCAUGACCCCGCGCUCCCUCAGCCUGAAGCAAGGCCACCGGCGGCCGGAGAAGGGCCAGCUCCCCGCCCUGCAGCCCCAGACCGUCACCUCCACCCCCUACAAGAGCGUCUUCUCCCCCAACACCCUCUCCAACCGCAACGGGAGUCUGUCCUACGACAGCCUGCUCAACCCCAGCAUCUCCCCGGCCGGCGGCGGCGAGUGCCUGGCCCACCGCGGGCCGCCCGCCGUGGGCUUCCACUCGCCCUACCUGCCCACCAAAAUGUGCCACAUCCGGGAACCCGACAUGCAGAGACAUCAGGUGGCCCCCGCCUACAGCCCGGUGAUGCCCCCCAGGGCGGUGGGCCGGCAGUCGCCGCACCCGAGGGACAGAGACCCGUCCCCCGUGCGCUACGACAACCUGUCCCAGACCAUCAUGGCCUCCAUCCAGGAGCGGAAGGAGCUGGAGGAGCGGGAGAAGCGCCACGUGCAGCACGGCCGCUCGCAGGCCCACGUCUACGCCCAGGACUCCGGCGUCUUCGACGGGGGCUACGGCCACCCCGCCAACGCCUGCUGCUCCGACGGGCCCCGCGGCCCCGGCUCCAGGGGCCCCACGCCGCCCGCCUACGGCGGCUCCAGGGACAACCUGAUGGGGGUCGGCCUGGCGAGCUACGGUCAGCGGACCCCCGUCCUCCGCCACGCCGGCUCCACGCUGGGCCGGGCCCCCAGGACUUCGUCCACCUCCCUGCACACAGACCACAGCAGCUCCAACAGCAGCCAGAGCCGGGGCCCCGACGGCCCCUACCGCUCCCCCGCCCACCAGCCUCACUCCCCCGCCGUGCCCCGCUCCCCCUCCUACUCCCACCACAAAUACUCCUACAUCAGUGCCCACGACAGGACAGACUCCCCUCGCCUGGGGGGCCCCAGAGAGGCCGUGAAAGUCAACGGGCAGAUGGACUGCCACCCGGGCGCCGCCCUCAGCCCCAGCCGCCACAACAACGUGAAGAAAGUGACGGGCGUGGGAGGAACCACGUACGAGAUAUCGGUGUGAGCGGAGACGGCGCAGCAGCAGCAGCCUCGGACGACGACGACGACGACGACGACGGCCACUCCGCAUCCGGGGGGGACGCUCACCGCCGUCCGACCAGCGAGCUUCUGAGUCAGGGGCACAUAGCACUUCCUGGUCUGGACGGAUCGUCCGAUCAGGCGCCGCGUCUGCUCGCCGUCUCUCCAGGUUGUCAGAUGAUAAUGCUGCAGGAUUCACUGUAAGUGCGGGGAGAGUUUGCUUUGUCUGUAACGGUCGUGUGGCUCUUCAUCCUGGACCUGUUCUCACUGUCGUCUCUCAGCUGUGAUUCUAUGAAGUAGUUCCCACACACACACACACACACACACACACACACACACACACACUCUUAACACACUGACACUACGGACUUCUCCGACGUGGAGAAGUCUCGGUGCUUUACAUUAACUUGUACUGUUUUACGUCGUCUGGAGGUUUACAGCUUCGACAGGAGAGCAGAGGGUGCAGGGAAAUAAAAGGAAAGGAAAAGAAAUGAGCAAGUGGGGAUUAGUGGCUUUUGUUCAUGUCUGGUUGGUUGCAUUCCUAAUCCACUGAGAAAGGCUUGCUUUUAUUAAAAUAACAAUAAAAUAAAGAAGAGAUUUGGUUAAAAGAAAUUUCUCAGGAAUCGAUGCAACCUGCAGAGAUGCUUCAGUAAGCGUGAAUGUUUCCCUCGACCGUCGAGUGUUAGUUCCUAGGCCUUGAAUAUAGCUCAGCUCCCUUUAUUCUCGUCGUGACGGUGUAGUACAGCAUCACGUUCCAUCGUUUCGCCCGAGACAGAAGCCGAUUUAUCCGGAGGAGCAGAAUACCUCGCGCUACCAAAACCGGAGGAGAAGUGUUGUCAGCAUGGAGGGCUUUGUGUUUUAAUCCUACGAGAGAAGAGGCGGAACCAAGCGAGCCUCAGGAAGUUAACCGCUCACCCGUUCAUGUUUUUCUGUUUAUAUAGCCAACCUUUCAAAAAAACAAAGCUAUGUUUGAUACAUCUUUUUUAUACAAGCCUGGAAUGGCUGUUUGGAGUAUUUUUGUUCCAUCAAUUAGGAAUUGAAGACAUAAAAACAGGAGUAAACGCAGUUUGUUCUGACGUGCAUCAUGGAUUGUGAUCAGCAGCAACCUGGAGGAUCAGGUUUACUGAAGUUGAAAGUUUCUGGAACAGAAACAGGUUUACAGUCGCUGUCUGGUACAGCUCCGCUACAACCUGAGAGGCUUUUUCCUUUUUCUUUUUUUUAAAACAUGUAUUACUUCUCACCAUGCACAGUAAGUGGACGGCGAGGCCGCAUGCCAGAUGUAAAGCGUUACAUUAUGCCAAGCUACAUUUGCAUUACAAAUAAACCAUUGUUGCCUUUUGAGGAGAUAAAAACAGUGGCUGAUUUUGCUGUUGUGCAUAAAGGGACAAUGAAGUACCAUCUGUUUUGCACUCAUGAGCGUCUCAGACUGAGCAAGAAGUUGUGGAAAUCACUGGCGGUGUACGAAGUGAUGAAGUUACAGGACUGCUUCCUGUGGAUGAUGAAUCUUCUGGUUUUCUACAAACGUCGCUCUGUUAACGCCAAUAUCCGUGGUGGAGUCUUUAUCUUUUGGCCAUAGUUGGAUGUUCUGAAGCACACUGGUGUAGUGGUUAGCCCUCAUUGUGAGAAUGUCUGUGUGGAGUUUGCAUGUUCUGUCUGUGCGUGUUUGAGGUUUAGUUACCGGCUCAAAGUUGCCCAUAAAGUGUGAAUGUGAGCGUUUUUCCUGCGACGGAUCGGCGACGUGUACGUCGCUGCGGCCCGAAGUGGUUUAGAAGACGUUUAUUUUCCGACAGAAAACUUCCAGCGGGCGCAAUCUCUCUAAGGCCUCACCAGCUGCCUUAAACACACACAGGAUCCACAUUUCAAAGACUAAAAAGUAGUUGCUAUUGUACAUAAGAGUGUGAAUUAGUGAGUGAGCAAAGCCCCCCCCCCCCACCUUCUCUAUCAUUUACUCCGAGACCACCACAUAUCCGAGCGCUAUCGAUGUCAUUCCUGUUUAAGACGACUGCCAUUAUUAGUCCUGGGAUGGACGUCACUGCAGGUCAGGGGCCAUUCCUGACAGUCCGCAAUGACGACCACGAGCUGAAGUUCAACAUGUAAGAAGAAAAAAAAAUAUAUAGAAUAUACUAUAUACUGUACAUGCGUUCCUAUUUUUGUGAAGAGGAAAUAUUUCCCAAUGACUUGAGCAGAAUAAAGAAAGUUUCCAACUCUGA